GUAUUUCUCGAUAAAACCCAACAGAAGAAUUGUCCACAUUAUUUAAAUCUUUUUUCAAUAUUCUGGAGGAAGUUGGCAAUUGGAAUCACCAACCUUUUGGGUUACCUGUGCUGUUUAAUGAGAGAUGCAUGCAAGUAUGACUUCCUCUUCGGAACAUACAGACUUGUUCUUCAAAAUUGUGAUUGUUGGCGACUACAAAACUGGGAAAACAUCUUUGCUUUGUAGAUACAUGAAUCAAGAAUUCAAAGCUUCUAAAGGUUCAACAGUAACUGUGGAUUUUAGCGUAAAAACUUUGCAGCGAGGUGAAACCAAAAUUAAGCUUCAAAUUUGGGAUACGGCCGGUCAGGAGAGGUUUCGUACUGCAGUAGCAAGUUACUAUCGCGGCGCUAAAGGAGUACUGUUAGUUUAUGACAUUACAAACAGACAGUCGUUUCAUAAUAUUGGAUUUUGGUAUGAAGAAAUGAUACGCAACUGUAAUACAGAUUUCAUCAAAGGUAUUCUUAUAGGAAACAAAUGCCACUUGGAGUGUGACAGGGAAGUAUCCUCUGAAGAGGGGAAGUCAUUUGCUGAACAGUUUGGCCUCCCAUUUUAUGAGACUAGUGCUGAGAAAAAUAUAAACGUCACUGAAUGUUUUGAGGAACUUGUAGAUUCCAUACUUUCUGAAUUAAAGCAGCAAAAAAUAUGUACAUCUCUAGAGGGACUCAUUCUCCCUGAUAAGGCAGGUAGGGUCAGUUUACAACCACAAAGACAUGACGUUGAAGCUUGUAAUUGUUAAAUUAAGUUUGCAUUUUGGGUUUGAAUUAAGUUAUUCAUCAAAUGACUAAAAGAAUAGUAAUAGUGCUGUAAUUGUAUCAAGAUAAACAUGUAUCAAAUACAUAUAUUUACAAUGUUGACAAAAUCUUUGGUAAAUUUCUGCAUAAAAUAUUGAACAUUUGGUGCAAAUAUGGGGUGGGUCACCCUUUUUUAUGCAGAAGUUUAAGGGGGGCACAAGAAAACAUGCGAGUAUACUGGGCCGGGUUGUUCAAAGCCCAAUUAGCGUUAAUCCAGGGUUAACUCCAUAGGUUUUCUUAUUACAGUAGUUAACCCAGGAUUAGUGCUAAUCGGGCUUUGAACAACUCGGCCCAGGCACGUAGUGUGGAUUUAUUGGCUAGUGCACAUGUCA